CCAAAGGAAAAGCAGCGAAGAAGCAACCGUGCGCGCGGAAACAAAUUCGAGGAGCUUUUAUUAUUUUUAAACAAAUAAUUACGCGUUAUUUACACAACCUGGUCAUUUCUUUUAUAGUAGUGUUUAAUCGUCGGUGUUUGUAGUUUCACCCUUUUUCUUGAAGCUUUAACAGGUCUAUUUUUUAGGUUUUUGCGCCUGCACGAGGACGGAGUGAUGGAAGGCUAGCAUUGUUAGCUAGCUCUUGCUGCUUUUAUACCCAGCUCGCGCCUUACGUCUGAAAAGCACACAAACAAACAAAUAAUAGUAAUAAUAACAAUAAAAAUGUCGGGGUUUAAUUUUGGAACAAGUACCCUGGGUUCCACUAACCCCGGAGGGGGCUUUUCUUUUGGAGCAGUGGCCAGCACUCCCGCUUCAGCACCCGGUGGCUUCAGCUUCGGGGGUCUGGGGGCGGUGACGUCCAGCGCCGCCGCCGCUACCACUACCACCACCUCGUCUCUGGGGCUCGGCGGCGGACUGUUUGCCCAGAAACCGACAGCUGGCUUCUCUUUUAACACACCUGCCUCAGGAGCUUCUGCACCGUCGACCGGCCUCACCUUGGGAACUCCCGCCGCCUCCACCGCCCCCGCUGCCGCCGCAGCAUCCUCCACAGGCUUCGGCUUUGGUUUCGGAAAACCGGCGGCUUCGGCGAGUCCAUUUUCUCUGAGCACCACCGGCACCACCUCGGCCCCAGCAGCCACCGGUCUGAGUCUGGGCUCCGUCAUCACCUCGUCAGCACCUCAGAGCGGAUCAUCCACAGGGUUCUCCCUCAACCUGGGAGGAGGAGUCGCUUCCUCAGCGCCGGCCACCGGGCUCAGCCUCGGCUCCUCGCUGUUCUCCAGCUCAGGCUCGACAGGUCUCGGACAGUCGACUCUCGGCGGAGGUCUGACUUUAGGAGGUUUGCUCUCGUCCUCCACAGCGGCCACAGCUCCUGUUGCCCCGGCGCCCAGCGUAGGUUUGGGUGGAGUCGACUUCAGUUCCUCGUCCGAGAAGAAAAGCGAUAAAUCAUCUGGUGCUCGACCCGAAGACAGUAAAGCACUGAAGGAUGAAAACCUGCCUGCUCCCAUCUGCCAAGAUGUGGACAACUUCCAGAAGUUUGUGAAGGAGCAGAAGCAGGUUCAGGAGGAGAUCAGCCGCAUGUCCUCUAAAGCCAUGCUGAAGGUGCAGGAUGACAUCAAGAGCCUAAAGCAGCUGCUGUCGGUGAGCGCCAGUGGACUGCAGAGGAACGCCCUGUCUAUAGACAAGCUGAAGAUGGAGACGGCGCAGGAGCUGAAGAACGCUGACAUCGCUCUGAGGACCCAGAAAACUCCUCCUGGACUUCAGCAUGAGAAUACGGCACCCUCAGAUUAUUUCCGGGCUCUGGUGGAGCAGUUCGAGGUGCAGUUACAGCAAUACCGCCAGCAGAUCGAGGAACUGGAGAACCAUCUGACCACACAGAGCAGCGGUCCUCACAUCACUCCUCAAGAUCUGUCUCUGGCCAUGCAGAAGCUCUACCAGACGUUCGUGGCACUGGCCGCACAGCUGCAAGCCGUUCACGAGAACGUAAAGACGUUAAAGUACCAGUACCUGAGCUAUAGGCGGGCUUUCCUGGACGACUCGACGGACGUGUUCGAGUCGAAACGACGCGCCAGCCGGAAACUGCAGAGCGCCCCGAGAGUCACCACUGGCCCUACGCCCUUCGGCUCUGUCCCAAACGCCGCCGCCGUGGCCAUGGCUGCCACGCUCACGCAGCAGCAGCAGCCCGCUCCAGAGACAGAGCACUUGCGAUGGAACGAACACAGCUCUACGUUUUCUUUCUUCAUUUCACAUUUUAAAUGUAGGCAGAAGAGAUUAAAUUGCACUGUCUUUGUAUUUAAUUUAUUCUUAUUAAUAUUAUUAAACUAAUCCUGUAACCUGUAAAUAAAAUAGCAGUCGAUAACAGGGUACUUAAAAGGUGCUUGCGUGGCACUGGUGCAUAAACUAAUCACAAAAUAAUGCAGAUGUUGCCUUUCACGAUCUUUAUACUCUCAAUCGAAUAUCAAUGAGUGUUUGGGGGGUUUUUUUCCUUCCUCUUUAUAAUCGAGGUUUUAAUGAAUAAAUCAAAGUUUUGGUGUUUUUAGAUAGAGGGCUUUAACAGCACUUAUGUAGCGAUCGUUGCACGAUUCUUAUACUCAUAAACACGUCGUCCUUCAUCCGAAAAUUGUUUACAUCGGUGCACGAGACGCCGAGGCGUUUCGGAGAGUCGAAUAAACGCAACGCGUUCUGGCCGAAGGUUCCGCGUUAAUUAAACGGCUGCGCUACAUGGUCCUAAAACACGCGAGAUGAUACUCGGAUUGUUCACAACGUUCAGGUUUGUUAAAAUGCCAGUGCCAUUAAAAAAAAAAAUACAGAAAAAAAACAAAACAUUUUAGCAUGGAAAAAGAAGGAAAAAAAAGAAAUGUCUGGUGUAUAUAAGUUUUUAAAAAAAUUACAUAAACGAAAAAAGUAGGGAGACUGUGUUUUUAAACCCAGAGUAAUCUUAGAAAAAAGUUGUGAAGUAAUUUAUUCCAAGUCGUACAGUAUUGAGUGAGAUUUAACCAUCCUCAUCACUGCUGUGAUGUCAUCAGUGUGCGAGGACUCCUUUAAACAGUUCUCUUGUCGUUUUUGACGUUGAUGCGUUUAUCAACAAACGUUACUGUUUAGCGGCUCAGCAGCAAUAGGCGCACGCUGAUGAUGCCAGAGGGCAGUGAUAGGUUAAAAGUCCUCGACCUACAGCUCAUGAUGAUCACAUGACUUGUCUUGACUUGUUCCAAGACUUUUUUCUUUUCUUUCUUUUUUUUUGAGCCAGAAAUAUAUAAAUAUUAAAUUAGUAUGUUUCUCUGCUUGCUGAUCCCAAUAUUCCGACAUCCCUGAUAUUCACCAGGAUUAGCAUUACGCAUAUUUAUAGAUCAUUUUAAUAUAAAUCAUUAAAAUUAUAAACGUGUCCAGAGCUGAAAAUGCAUCUUUCUGGUUAAUCGGUCUCUUAAAGCGCACCUAGUAUGGUUUUUCUAAUAUUACCUUUCAUGUAGUGUGUUAUAUACGUAGCUGUUUGUGAAUGGAAAACGUCUGCAGAUUUCAAAAGUGCACGACAAACGGAGUUAUCGACUCCCAAAAGCAGCUGAAACGAGUCGUUCGUAAUUCCAGAUUUACUUCCUGUAAUAACCUACAUAGGUUUGUAACAUUAAGCCCCGCCUCUGGUUCUGAUUGGUUGCUCGCUGACAGCGGUAGACCAAUCACAACAUACUGGGGCGUCUGACCAAUCAGAGCAGAGUAUGCUCUCUGAAAGGAGUUUAGAAUGAACCAUAAUAGGUGCUCUUUAAAUAAUAUCGAUUUUUAUAAUUAGUGUGUUUUUUCCUUUUAAAUGAACACGAUUGAAUCAAAAUAGUUUUUUAAAAACGUUUAAGCAACAUAAAUAAGCAUAAAUAAUAAAUGCUUUAUUUAAAAAAAUCUGUUUGAAAAUUUUUAGCUAAGUUCUGUCCUGUUUAAUCAUUGCUCAUUUUUAAUUUUGUUGGGGUUUUUUUUGUUUACAUUAUUUAUUUUCUUCGAUUUAUAAACAUGAUUCCAAUAUGUUGUGCAUCUCUGGUUAUUCAGGAGUCGUGAUGGAUUUAAUUCAGUUAUUUUGAACAAAAUGAAUGUGAUUAACUUAUCGGGAUGUCUCUCACACACACACACACACACACACACACACACUGCUUUUAUCAGUACUAACAUUUUUAGACGUGUGAAUUAUUUUAUAUAAUGAAUAUUUUGCCUAUGCAUUUUUCUACUGAUUUACAGGAUCUUAGUAUUUUGAAGACAGUAUCCUGUUUAAACACACACACUCGCACUCACAUGCAUGUUUCCGGUUGCGUUUUUUUUUUUUUUUUUGUACAUCAUGCUCAUCUGGUCUUGGUAACCAUGGUAACGAUGGUGGUGUCCUCCUAACGAUGAUAGCCGGUUACAGAUGCGAGGAAUGCUUUGAUCGCGGGGAUAAUUGCGGCUCUCUGUAAUCACAACUUUUGGAGCAUGGAAUCUUCUGACUAGGACUGGAAAAACACAUGUGCGCGCACACACACACACGUAUGUCCUCAUACUGCUAAUUGAAAAUUGUCUCAACUCGUGUGCUUCAUGUUAAACAGAGCCGUGGUGUAAGAGAUGAGGCGAGUGUGUUUGAACCUCUCUGAUGGCUAUUUCCUGUUUUCCUCUUAACGGUUAAACAGUACCACAUUUAGCGCGUGUGCGCACGCUAAUGCUAAUCUGCAUGAGAGCCAGAUGGGCUGAACGUUUUCACGCGGCCGGGUGAGUGCCUGCAUGCCCGACACUCUGUUUACACUUGAUUAAACUACACUUUUUUUUUUUUUUUGUCUUCCGUAAUUUAUUAAUUACAAAACAAUCGUCUUGUAGUUUGAGCAUUAAAAAACACACACACACUCAAGAAGGAUAGCUGCAGUAUUUGUGUGUGGUAGGAAUUCAGUAAGGGCUAUAGUUUUCUUUUACACAAUAUUUGACUGUUUUAAGGGAUUAAGGGAUGCAUCGAUACUGAAAUGAGUGACCUAUUCAUUAUUAUUAAUUAAUCAAUGUCACGGAACGUUUUGUCGUAUUGGUUUCUGCCUUGUGCUGCAUUGCAUAACGACAGCAGAAAGUUUUGGAGAGAGAGAGAGAGGGAGGGAGGGAAAUGGAGCUCAUGGUUGUUAAACAUUACAGUUCAACAUUGUUUAUUAUCGCCUGGAUGAACGAAAGACACAUAAGCAGUUGCUGGAGAAAGUGAAGUACGUUUAAACUGGACCUGUAAUAGAGGACACUUGGACGGCCAUCUGAGCAGUAAAAGUGAGCGUAAGAUGCCUUGAAUUGCACGUCGACUCUCAAGUGGAGCGUGAAGGAACCAGAGUGCUCAGUGCUCGCUGAACUGAACUCUGUGACAGAUUAGAUAUCGGAUCCUUCUCGGCUGCUCCUGCAACGGACUUUUGACCUUUUUGUGGAUUUUCGACCUCUGAUUUCCACAGAGGUUCCACUCUUCUUUGCUUUGAUUGAAAAAUAUGACCGUAAUUCCGUGUCGUACCUUUCUUUUUGCGACAGUGCAGACUAGGAUUGUCAUGCCGUGUCUGACCAGUUCCCCGUACCAGUACAGCCGUAUCGGUAUCGAUGCAUCCCUAUUUCUGUUUAAUCCGAAUCGUCAGUCCGUGGAUUCUGCUUUCAUUUGUGCCUUUUAAGCCUCAGUGGUCACGUUUCAUCCUAAACCAGAAGGAGACCCGCCUUUUCCUCCACACGCUACAUCAGUGUAAACGACAGGGCGUGUGGUGUUCGAGGUUUUUGUAGGAACCUACAGUUCGUUUUCAGUUUCGUCUUCAAGGGCUACGGUGUUCUCGCUCCCCAGAUGAAGGGCGAGGAGUUUAAAAAUAACGCUGCUCCGUGUGGCCAUGAAGGACACCGGGUGAAUGCUUGUGCCAAGAUAUUCAGUGUUUAGCGAUGCAGCAUUGAGCCGUUGCUGUUGUUUCGUUAAACAGCUACUAAUCUGGACAUCGGUCCAACAUCUAUCUCUCUCUCUCUCUCUCUCUCUCUCUCUCUCUCUCUCUCUCUCGUUCUUUGUGUCUUGACUGCUGAGGAAGGAAUAGUUAUUAAAGGAAUAGUUCAGCUUUCUUUUUUUAACCUCAUCUCUCUAUCCCCUGUAUGUGUAGCGUGUGUAUGAUUAGCACAGACAAGAAUCUCAUCUCAGCAUAUUUCCCUGCACUGAAAAGGGCAGACGUUGAAUUUUGUCCAUUAAAGGGGUCUGUAAUGUAAAUGAAGCUCUAAAUCUGUAAAAUAGCUUUUUUUUUUCCCCCCCAAAGGAAGAAUUUCUCUCGUGCUUGACUUUCUCUCGAAGUUUUAAAUUUGUUUAACGCUUCUUUAAAUAAUAGCAGAAUUCGACAUCUGCCCUUAGACUUUCACUAUGAGUCAAGUUGGCGGAAAAAUCAUUUAAGGGUUUUGGCGUUCUGUUCAGCGCCGGGAAACGCAUCAAUGUUCUCAUCUGUCUUAGUCUCUCUUCCCCCACCUCCCAAUCCCCCCACCCCCCCAAUACACACACACGCGCACACAUACUACAUAUACAGUUUAUAGAGUUUACAUUGAAAUUCUUUGGAGUUCACCUUUAAUACGAGGAGCUCUUAGAGUGAUGUGUGGGUUUUUAAAAGGCUGUAGUUUUGAUAUAUAUUAUAACUCUUAGGGUUUGCAAAAAAAAAAUUAAGAUGUAGAACACAUGAUCGUAAACGUACAACGUUACGUGGAAAGAGUGACCCUACGUUCACGCUAAUAUGCGAUAAAGCGACUUCACAGUGAGCGAUUGGUGAGCGUACGUAGCUAGUAGAGUCGAUUCGGAUUUGCUGAUCCGAGAACGAAGCUAGCACGAAGCCGAGCACGUGACUCAAACAACCGCAUUUUUUUUAGUGCUUAGAAGCUAUAUAUAGCUACCGGACAGGCCACGCCCACGGGCAAAAAAUGAGCGACUUGUCGCUUGCUAGAGUGAACGUAGGGUUAGUGUCGUCACGCGUGGGGUAGAAACACUGAACGCUAGUGCUGUUAGAACGCAAGCGAAAUCUUUUAGACGUCUCAGAAGUAAGUCUUUAGUAACCGCGCAUGGCAUUUAUGUACAGAGACUCCGUAUCAGGAGUUCAGAAGCUUGUGAUGUUGAUUGUUUAAACAGUAACAUGUUCAGCUCUAAUCUUAUUUAUCACAUGUGUGGUAUUUUUGUUUGUUUGGUUUGUUUUUAAUUGUGCGUUGAGGCUUUAUUUAAACCUUCGCCUAUUUAUGAUUAUGGUGUGCCUUUUGCACUACAUGCAGAAUAAACAGUAUACAUGAAUCUGGACUCGUCACUGUUUGAACUGGAUUUCAUUUUUAAAAGACUCACUUCAGUCGAACCGUGUUCAUGCAGAUCGCGAGUAGGAAUCCCGUUUGUCCUGAAACUGUUUUGUCAUGUUUCUUAUGUAAGUGCUUUACAAUAAAUUCACAAUAAAUCAGUUUUUAAAAUAAAAAAACAGAAAAGCCCUUGUCUUUGUUUCUUUUUGACUGACUAAUCAUAUAUUCACGUUAAUUGGAUAAUCGUCGAGAUGCGGAUUCGCUUUUAACACAUCUUUUUUUUUUCUUCUUUUUUUUUUUUAAAUAAAGAAUUCGAACAUUUUUUGAAAGAAAUGAGCUGGCUAAAAGGAAACGAGACAGGAGCGC